UGUCUGUUUGCACCUUAUUUGUUGGUCCAGGACAGUUUUGAAUUUCUGGCGCUUUUAUUCUGCAACAAUGGAGAACGGUGCAGUUCUACAUGUGUGUUUUGUGUUGACUCUUCUUUCAGAAGGUCUAACAGCUGUGAUACAGACACAGCAGACUGUGGUGGCAGCGGUGGGAGAAGACGCUCGUCUCAGCUGUCAGCUCAUGCAACAUAAAGAAGUUCUUCAGGUCACAUGGCAGAAAGUUUUACCUGAGGGAGAGAAGAAUCUCGCCACCUACAGCAAACAAUUUGGCCCCAGAGUGACUCCUGAUUUUAGAGAGAAAGUGGAGAUAAAAGAUGCUGGACUGAAGAACUGCUCCAUAGUUAUUAGAGAGGUGAUGGAGCAGGAUGAAGGCUGCUAUCUCUGUUUGUUUAACACCUUCCCUGACGGUGCUCUCGCUGCUACAACCUGCCUCCAACUCUAUGAGCUGCAUGAACCCAUUCUACAUGUUAGAGAAUCAAACUCUACUCAGGAGUCACUUGUGUCCUGCUCGGCCACAGGACGACCUGCUCCAACACUGACACUCAAUGUCACGCAGCCACACCUCCACUUCUCACGCUACAACACUGUCAGUGUCCACAGCAGCGAUGGUACAGUCACUGUCACCACUACAGCUGUGCUGUCAGGUUUCCGUGACAACAGCGCACAGGUUGGAUGUGCGGUGCGAGUGCUCUCCGGUCACAAAGAGGUGUUUAUGAUGAUUCCUGAGGUCAAACAUGCUGAUGAUUUCACUUUGAGCCUUGUGUUGACCUGUGUUGGUGUCGCUACAGUCAUCAUCAUCUUCCUCAUCAUCAUCAUCAGCAUCCUGCUCAAACACAAAUGUAGAAACAGUCGGUCUCAAGGCGACGCUGAGAAGAACAAGACGCCACAAAGAACAAUCAAAGACGCUCCUGUGUCCCAAACACCAUUACUCACACAGAAGAACAAUCAGAUCUGACAAUGGACAACUCCAGAGAACAAUCAGGAAACCAACAAAUCAAUGCCGUCAUCUUCAACAGCAAGAAGACUUGUUUUUGACUAAUGUUAUCUAGAUAAACUGGCAACCUGUCCAGGCUGCACCCGCCCUCACGCAAUGUCAGCUGGGAUUAGCUCAGAUAAUAUUAAUAAUAACCACAACAAUAAUGAACCUGUCAAACAUUGAGUAUUGUGAGUAUUCAGAUGUCAUUUAUUCCCAAAUGUGACUCAAUACCAGCUGCUGAAAUUGCACCACUGGAGGUCGCAGUUUAAUCAGUUCAGUAGUUUCAUCUGAAAUCAAACUUGUCCAUUUUCACAGUACCUGUAUUUAACUGUUUUUGUUUUUUCAUGGACUCAUCUGAUCUAAAUCAUGUCAGUGUUUUUGAUCUGUCACCUGUCAGGUAUCAACAUGAGAUUUUAGUCAUUUAUUAUAAUUUUCCUUUGGUAAACCUGCAAACAGACAUAUUUACAUCCACAAAUUAUGUUGCUAAUGUGAAAACAUGUCAUUACUUUGUUGAAAAUAAAAUAGCAUAAAGAUGAUUAGAUUUACACUUUUUAUCAGUAGUCAUAUUUAAAAAUUUAACCACAUAUGUAAUGGGAAUAAUACAAAAGCCCUGAAAGACAAGUGAAUUUUCCUCCAGAACUCUGUAGGUAGUUGUUUAUCUAUUUUAUAAAUUGAUGUUUUAUGUUAUUUAAUUCAUGAAUGUAUUUAUUGAACACUAAUAUUAGCACAGAGAUUGCCAUGAAAUUUACUACAAGAUGAAGGUAUGUGUUAAUGAGCAAUUGAGGAUAAAAUAAAAUGACAUUGAAUAGCACAAAUUACGUUUUCUUUCUUGAUGGAGUACAGUCCAGGUUCCCC